UAUAUAUUUUAUAUUAAUUUUUUUUAUAAAUUUUUAUUACAGCUUCAAAAAUUUGGUAAAGCUCCUACCGUGGUUGAUAAAUAUAAAAAAGGCUAUAUGCGUAUCGACCCAUUGAUGUCAUUCGUGGAAUCCGGGUCAUCCACGGAGGAGGGUGAGAGGGCAGAACCAUAUACUGGGAUUGGAACUCCUGAACAGCGUGCUAUUGCGGAAGACUUGGAAAGAGUAUACGAAGAGUGUAUUAAUGAUGGAAAAGAUCAAAGUACGGCCGACUCAAUAGCUUGUGAAAGAGUGUUGGGUAAGACAAAAGUACUUGAGAUUCAAAGCUCAACCACUGAGAUUCAAAGCUCAACCACUAAGAAAGUUGCAACAUCAAGAUUUUCUUCUGUUGGAAAUGAAGAGUUGGAGACUAAAGUCGAGCUCUUAGAAGGAGAAUUGCAAAAAUCGCGAGAUGACGAGCUCACUUAA